UCUGAUUAUGGCAUCAGAAAACGUAAAGAAACUUGUGGAAUGUGAAAAAAAGGCUAAAGAAAUGGUAAGUCGUGCACGUAAUGAACGGGCAGAUCUGCUUGCGCUCUCCCGUGUUGAUGCUGACAUAGCGAUAGCCAAGCUGCGAGAAGAACAUGAGCUAAUACUGGAAAAGGAGCGGGCAAGAGAGAACGAAGAGGUGGAUAGGCUGGUAGAGGAAUUAAAGAGUGAGAGAGAGAAUGACCUGAGGGAGUUUGGUGUAGAAAUUAUGGGGUGUGAGGGCAUCGUGGAUGAUAUUGUCAGCAUUGUGAGUGGUACGGCAAUAGAUAAGUAAAUGAGGUACAAUUAGGUGAGAUCUACCCGUUAAAGAGCAAAUUGCGUGUUUUUUUGUUUUCGUGGGUGUUCAUUUUCUACGCUACAAGCAUUUAACGUACUCCCUGCUAAGGCGCUCGUAGUCCCUCUAAUACAGCCUUUCCUGUUGAUGCCCAUAAUAUUUCUGAGUAUUCAUUCUUCUUGUUGAACGGAUCAAAUGGUAAAAGGCCAUGCUAAACCAACAAGGCAUUUCUUCUAAUACAUGAAUCGGAUGGUUCAUAAUUUGCCGCUUUUU